CGCAGUCCAGUCUGCAACGUCCUCCAUCCUACCAUCAUUCUUGUAACAUAUCGUGCACCAUCCGCGAUGGGCAUUCUGUUCUCUAUCCCCUUAGCAGGCGUUUUUGGGACGGUAGCGUCCUCAUGCAUAGCAGGCCUAGCGUUCUGCUUCACCUCGACCGCCGCGUCGAUGUUCUUCAAGUCUUGUAAUUGUAACUCAUCUAUUGCGACCCGUGUUGGCUUCGCCAUCAUAUUCUGUCUGGACUCGAUGCUUGCAUGGCUUAUGAAGACGCCUUUAGCGAUACAGACAAUUGAAAAGUGGAGUCAUGGGUAUUUAGAGAUGGAUUGCGAGGGAGGGAAGUGUUAUGGUGUUCUUGCAGUGCAUAGAAUAUGCUUUGCCCUUUCGCUCUUCCAUUUCAUCCUCGGCGCCCUCCUCAUAGGUGUUAAGGACACUAAAGACAAGCGUGCCUCGAUUCAGAACGGUUGGUGGGGACCCAAAGUGUUGCUCUGGCUCAUCCUCCUGGUUGUCUCCUUCUUUAUUCCGAACCCUUUCUUCAUGUUCUGGGGCAACUACAUCUCCAUGGUCGGCGCCACCGUCUUCAUCCUCCUCGGGCUAGUCCUCCUCGUCGACUUUGCACAUUCCUGGUCCGAGACCUGCCUCGAGAACUGGGAGAACUCCAACUCAAAUCUCUGGCAGUGGAUCCUUAUCGGCUCGACCGCGGGCAUGUACGCUGCAGCGAUCGCAGUGACGGGCGUGCUCUACGCAUUCUUUGCCGACAGCGGGUGCACGCUGAACCGCUUCUUCAUCUCGACCAACCUCGCACUGUGUGUACUCACCACGCUCAUGUGCAUCCAUCCGAAGGUACAGGAGCAUAAUCCGCGCUCGGGCCUCGCUCAGGCGAGCAUGGUCGCUGUGUAUUGCACGUACCUCGUCAUGUCUGCAGUGGGCAACCACGAGCAUGCGACGUGCAACCCGCUGCGCCGCGGCGGGCUUGGGGCGGGUACGCGCAACACAACUGUCGUGUUGGGUGCGUUGUUCACGUUCCUGGCGAUCGCGUAUUCGACCAGCCGUGCGGCGACGCAGAGCCGGGCUUUGGUCGGGAAUGGCAAGAAGGGCGGUGCGGUGCAGUUGCCGAUUGAUGAUGAUGGGCAUGCCGAGAUGGGUGUGGUCAACACGCAGCCGAACCGUACGGAGACGCCAAGGUAUCAAGCUCUGCUUGCUGCGGUCGAAGCCGGAGCCAUCCCUGCCUCUGCGCUUGAUGAGGAGGAAGAUGAGGACGAGGACGAGAUUGUUGGAGAGACGCGUGAUGACGAACGGACCGGGACACGGUACAACUACUCUUGGUUCCAUCUCAUCUUCGCCAUCGGCGCUAUGUACGUCGCAAUGUUGCUCACGGAUUGGAACGUCGUGAAGGAGAAUCACAACGGCGACGAUGAUGUGUAUAUCGGCCGCUCUGAAGUUGCGAUGUGGAUGCGGAUCGUGUCGAGCUGGUUCUGCAUGCUCCUGUAUAUGUGGAGCUUGAUCGCGCCGGUGCUCAUGCCUGAUAGGUUUGAGGACCUGUGACAAGUGUCUGAAUGCUAUUCUCGGACUAUGUGUUUGCGAUGUAAUGAGUUUGUUAUUUGUAUUAUUGCCUACCAUUGGAGCCCUAUAUCUGUAUGCUCUCUUGAGAUACAGUGAAGUUCGUGCGAAUCCAGUAUUACUGCUCCUGAUCUUCGAGCUGGCUACGGAUGUUGCAGAUAGAAAGCCGUAGAAAACGUCCGUCAUAUACUGAUUGAGGGAUCGACGC